AUGCCUGAACCCCUGUUCGGCCUCAUGAUGAGCCCGUGGAAAGUGGUAUCAAAGCAACAUCCAUAUCGCCAAAAGGUAGCGGCGCACUUCGAAGUCUCGCUCUUCACCCAGUUACAUUCGCUACUGUCGUUCCUUACCAUGUUCUUCGGACAUUUUACACUCAUUUUAUCAUGCUUGUUGCUGCAGGUGUAUGCAUUUCGCUUCUCACCCCCAAGCGAUGACACUGCCUUCGGUAUCAAUUUUGAGAAGCCCGUCGGUCGUGAGGAAGAUCGACUCAACCGCUACCUAUGGGCUGGGGUUCGGGACUCUCCGUACGCAGUGCAUGACCAAAAGGCCAAAGUCAUCACGUACAGACUACCUCUUCGCAAGCGGGCGCAAGACCCUCUGAUCGGAUUCCCAAAUUGCUUGAAAUGCGCUGGCGGGGCCCGGUUCAACGGCAACCUCAAUGUCGGCCGGGAUCUUACCGCCGACAUUUUGAAGAAAGCUAUCAAGACUGGUGGGCAAGAUGGCCAGUGUCUGUUUUACGGUCAACGUGAACUAGGUGCCCUACCAGCCUCUUUAUCAGGGGUGGCAUCCAUGCUGUCAUGUUCAUGGUCUCAAACCAAUCCUAGCAAUGGCGAGAAAACACGAGCUAUCUGGGAUAUGUGGCCCAAGGACGAAUCCAGGGCCUGCGAUAAGCAAACGGAGACUUCUGGCUACGAUUACUACUGCCUAGAUGCUUGGAAGCCGAAAUGUUGUUGGCUCAAUGGUCUCUGGGCAGAUGGAGGGAAAGAAAUCAUGGAGGACAACAUACCGUCCCGUGACGCACGCGAAGUGAGGACUCGACCAUAUUUCCAACAAAUGUCGCAAGCAAUGGCGGAAACCUGUACCGGAGAUGUGUACGUCGUACACGAGCGCUAUGAGGAGCUAGCAACGUACCAACCGAAGGGUCAGAAUCCUUCCAUUUGGAUUAGCCAUGAAUUACCCGCUCUGAGGCGAAGCCAGUUGCGGGGAAUACUGGGCAAAGUAUGGGUCAUACCAGUCGUUCCUGUACUACUCGGCGGAGUAGAUGGGCUCGCUGCCAAUACCGACCGCUCCACUUGGAAAGAUCAGACCAAAGUGUUGAAUCCAGGCGCGGCGAGAAGGUACGUCGAAGAUCAUGAAGGAAUGGCCUUAGAGUGGAAGAUGAUCAGAGAAGCCCUUCAGCUCCAAGAGCGCCAGCGGGCAUCUUCACCCCCUGACAACAGCACUCAGGCUUUGGAGGCUAGAUGGCAGACUUGCCGCAACAGUGCAGCCGAACGCGAGGCGAAAGGGGCAGACUACUUUGGUUGA